AUGUGUUCUGAUUUUCUGUGGGGGCACAAAUUUCACUUAGUAAAUUGGGGGUCUGUCUGUCAAGGAAAAGAAUAUGGAGGCCUGGGUAUAUUCUCUGCUAAAUUCUGGAACUAUGCAACUGCCACUAAGCUCCUGUGGAUGAUCCAUCUUAAAAAGGAUCUCCUAUGGAUCAAGUGGGUUCAUGGAAACUAUCUACAUAACCAAGGUAUAUGGACUGUGCAACCUAAGACUAAUGACUCUUGGAUGUGGAGGCAACUCCUUAAAGUGAGAGAUUUGCUUUUGAGUAAGUUUGGAAGUGCUGUUACUAUGAUGAAUGUUAUAGCAGAUUGUUGCUCUGAAGGAAAUCUUCGUUUAUCUGCAGUAUACAGAGCUUUUUUGCAACCUGCUAGUACAGCUACUUGGGCUAAAACAGUUUGGGAUGACUUCCUAUACCCUAAACACUCCUUUGUGUUUUGGUUAGCAUGUCAUUCUAGGCUACUUACCAAAGAUAGAUUGUGCCGUAUGAACAUCUUGAGCACCAAUCAAAUUCACUGUGUUCUGUGUGACAGUCACCAAAUAGAAACAAGGGAUCAUAUCUUCUUUGAGUGUAAAUACUCAGCUGAAGUGUGGAACUUGGUGAUGAGCUGGUUGGGGUAUAAAUGGAGAUCCUGUUCAUGGAGCAUGCUACUGAACUGGUACUCUUUCAAUUUGAAAGGUAAAAAUCCUAUGAAGAAGUUGAAACGGAUGGUAUUAUCUGCUGCUGUAUAUAUGAUAUGGAGGGAGAGAAAUUUAAGAACUUUUCAGGACAAGAGGAGGAUGCCUGCUCAAGUCUUUAGGGAUAUUAAACUUUCAGUUUUCUAUAAAGUCCUAAAUGAUAGUUCAUAUGUGCAUAUGAAAGAACUACUUGGAAAUUUGUAA